AUGAACAAAGAAAACGCCGAAAUAAGAAUAAAGUACCCGAGCGACUAUGUGGUCCUGAUGGAAAAGCAUAUCGAAGCCAUGAAAGCAGAAAAGUACACGAUUGACGCUCUCCACAGGACGUCCACACUUUUGUUCCACUUUCCAACAAACUAUACCGUCUGGGUGGACAGGAGGAAGAUUCUUCUGGGCCUUCCCGAAGCAGAGUAUACCUUGCAGGACGAGCUCGCGUGGAUAAAAGCCAAGGCCGCGGACAACCAGAAAAAUUAUCAAGUUUGGCAUCAUUUUAAAUUUGUAUUGAGAAAAACAAGCCAUGAAAUAUCAACUGAUUUGGAAAUUCUCGAGCUGGUCAAAGAAGAACCCAAAAACAUCCACUUUUGGGGGGUAUUUUUGGCGUGCACCCAGGAUGUGCCCAGCGCCCUAGAGUACACGAAAUACUUCAUUGAGGUGGACGUGCGAAACAACUCGCCCUUCUCGAUACGGCACACGCUUAUUAUGCCCUUGCUUAAGGAGAGCGCAGAUGCAGUUGAAAAGGAGAGGGCCUUCCUUCUAGGCCUCCCCAUUCUAAAGCGAAAUGAUGCAUACUGGAACUAUGUGAAUGCAAUGGAUAGAGAGUUUCCAGAGCAUGCGAUCCUGCAGGAGUGCGAGGCCCAUCUGAAGUCAAAGGAGGCUACAGUGCGCUGUGGGGAAUAG